GCAAAGGCUGCCGGGAAGACGUGGCCGCUGCGCCGAACAGAGACGCGGGUGCAGAGCAGAGGCUGCCGGGAGCGCGCCGCUAGAGUGGGGCGCAGGCGCAGAGCAGAGGCUGCCGGGAGCGCGCGGCCGGGCGGAAGUGGCCGCCCGCCCUGUCCGGCCCUACGCAGGUCCUGUCCAGUGUGCAGUCUGAUGCCCAUCCAGCCCUUUGACCAGCGGGAAUGGAAUGAGCCUAUGCACUCCCUCCGGAUCAGUGUAGGGGGCCUUCCAGUGCUGGCAUCCAUGACCAAGGCCACGGACCCUCGCUUCCGUCCCCGCUGGAGGGUGAUUCUGACGUCCUUUGUGGGUGCUGCCCUCCUCUGGCUGCUGUAUUCCCACCAUCAGACCCCAGUAUCGGGCAGGCCCCCCAUCCACAACGCACACAACUGGAGGCUCAGGCAGGAGCGCAUCUCUCAAUACAAUGACACCUACCCCCUAUCACCCCCACAGAGGACUCCAGGUGGGAUUCGGUACCGAAUUGCAGUCAUUGCUGACUUGGACACGGGGUCCAAGGCCCAGGAGGAGAACACUUGGUUUAGUUACCUUAAGAAAGGCUACCUGACCCUGUCGGACAGUGGGGACAGGGUCAGUGUGGAGUGGGAUAAAGACCGUGGAGUCCUGGAGUCCCACCUGGCAGAAAAGGGGCGGGGCAUGGAGCUCUCGGACCUGAUCGUCUUCAACGGGAAACUCUACUCUGUGGAUGACCGCACGGGGGUCAUCUACCAGAUCGAAGGUACCAAAGCAGUGCCCUGGGUGAUCCUUUCUGAUGGCGAUGGAGCUGUGGAGAAGGGCUUCAAAGCGGAAUGGCUGGCUGUGAAGGACGAGCAUCUGUACGUGGGUGGCCUGGGCAAGGAGUGGACGACCACAACGGGGGAGGUGGUGAACGAGAACCCUGAGUGGGUGAAGGUGGUGGGCCACAGGGGCAGUGUGGAACACGAGAACUGGGUGUCCAGCUACAAUGCCCUGAGAGCUGCCGCAGGGAUCCAACCGCCAGGCUACCUCAUUCAUGAGUCCGCCUGCUGGAGCGACACACUGCAGCGCUGGUUCUUCCUGCCACGACGGGCGAGCCACGAGCGCUACAGCGAAAGGGAGGACGAGCGAAAGGGCAGCAACCUGCUGCUGAGCGCAGCCCAGGACUUCAGGGACAUCUCUGUGAGGCAAGUGGGGGCGCUGGUCCCCACCCAUGGCUUCUCAUCCUUCAAGUUCAUCCCCAACACGGAUGACCAGAUCAUCGUGGCUCUCAAGUCAGAAGAGGACAAUGGCAGGAUUGCCACCUAUGUCAUGGCCUUUACGCUGGACGGCCGCUUCCUGCUUCCAGAGACCAAGAUCGGCAGUGUGAAGUAUGAAGGAAUAGAAUUCAUCUAGAGUAAGCUUGCACCCCAGCAGGGCUGGGGCCGGUGACCGCAAUACACCAGGACUCAGUUUCAUAAAAACCGGGAGCUCUUCCACUCGUUUGCUUUUUCCUUUUUUGAACUAAGAGCUGUGUGCCUGGCUAGAGUUCCAGAAUAGGGAGCUGCGCCUGGCCCUUACGGGUGUGCGUGCUGCUUGGAGACUGGGAGCAGGGACCGCACUGGACCCCAGGUGCUCACUUGCACUGCCACCUGGUGGUAGGGACUGGUCACUGCUGCAGGCACCUUCCGAGCCUCUGGCCUUUGAAUCCAGCCAUGCCUUUCCUUCCCUGGUCUCUGACCUUUCUAUGAGUUCUCUGUCCAGUGUUUUUGAAGCAGCCAGGUGUUAAACCCUAGCCUAACCAUGGGAGUAUGAGACAGUGUGAGGUGGGCCUGCCAGACAGGCACUCGGAGGCCCCCUCCUCCUCCACGAGACCCUGGCAUUCCAUACUCUGGAAAGUGAAUGUUUACAUGACAGGGUGAGGACCCACCCCUUGGGAGACGCCUGCCCACACUCUGAAGCCACUCUAGCACAGGAUUCCUUACGAGCUGAUCAUAACUUCAUUUCUCCCCUCAGGAGGAUUUUGUGCUGUACAGCCUUUUAAAGUCUGAUUACCAACUUAUUUUUAUUAAAGCAAUUUCUCUUCCUGAAGUACAGAGUCACUAAACUUCACCACACGGUGAAGGAGUCCCCAUACCUACUUGCAGGAGCAAGGGGCUUGUCCCUACAGCCACGAUGGCAGCCCCAGCUUUUACAGAACGGGCUUCAGGAUCCUGGGCCCCUGUCUUCUAGCAACUUCCAAAAGUUGCCAUGCUCUCACCCCUCAGCAGUGGCUGAGGGAGGGACUGUGUCUGACUAGAGAUCGGCCCUCGCUGGCUCUUGGUGAGUGUUUGGUAACCUUCUCUCCAGGGGAGCCUCACUGUCUUCUGCUUUCCUGUUCAGUCCCUGUUCAAGAGAGCCUAGGCAGCCGAGUCGGGCUCAGAGGUUGUUCUGUAGGUAACAGCCACCUUAGCUGUCUGCAACACAGGAUGCAGGUACUGUCGUGGGCUCAGGGCCCUGAUGAGCAUCGCAAACCCCUUCCACAGGAAGCUAGGAGAGCCAUUGCCACUGGGGCCUGACUGCCCUCAGUCCGACAGGCUGUUUCUGUCUUGUGCUGAGGUCUUGGUGUACUUGUGCUGGGAGCUCAGCCAAACUUUGGUGUGUGUCAGCUGUGUUAGAUUGUGUGAUUCUGAACUGAAAGAGAUGAGAGGUGGAGAGACCUGGGCCCCCUUGCUAAGAAGCCUUCCACACACCUUCCUUUCCCUAAUGUGAGCAGAAUGAUUGUGUCUCUCCGUUUUGUAAACAAUAAAGUGUCAGGGGAAUGUG